AUGGACCUGAACACGGCGUCGCCUCUCGAGCUGCAGCAGCUGCCGGGUGUGGGCUGCGUCACCGCGCGGCUGAUCGUCGAGUCUCGCCCCUUCUCGUGCGUCGACGACUUGCUGCGCGUGAAAGGCAUCGGCCCCGUCAAGUUGGCGGCCAUCACUGCCCAGCACCAAGUGUGCGUGGGUGGACGGCCGGUCGACUGCAGUGAAUCCAAUGCAACCCCCACUAAAGUCGACCUCAACGCUGCGUCCAAGAGGCAACUGCAGCAGCUCAAGGGGGUGGGGCCGGCCUUGGCCAAACGGAUCGUCGAGGCGAGGCCGUUCCACCGGAAGGAAGACCUGCUGGCCGUGAAAGGCAUCGGGGCAAAGUCUUACGCGAAAAUUCAAGCGGGGGCUCAAGUGAAAGUGAAUUCCUACGAGGAACACAGUGGGGGAGAAGAGGUUGAAGACGGUGUCGAGUGUGGCCAAGAGGGGGUAAAACGAGACGCAAACUUUCACAUUUGUCGGGAGAUUGAGAGCGACGUGCGUGGAAAUGUGUUUUCAAUGUGGAAUUGUAACGGGUGUGACAACCGAUCGCUCAUCGUGGCGAGCUGGAACAUCCGCAACAUUUCAAGACGCAAGGAGACGGUUCUACUGGAGCGAAUUGCGGACGUGCUGGACGAGUUCGAUCUCGUGGCGCUGCAGGAAGUGAGGGACUUGAUUGUGUUGAAGAGACUCAAAACGAUGCUGCCUGGGUGGGACUACGUGGUGUCGGAGCCGGUGGGGCGCAAGACCCCGGGAAUGAAGAAGCGUGUUGAGCGCUAUGCUUUCUUUUACAGGCGGAGUGCUGUGCAUCUUGUUGAGAAGUGCUGGCUAUUGGAAGGUGACAAGAAUAUGUUCAACCGACUACCGUGCGUCGCCACCUUUCGAGCGACGGCAGCGUCGAAAUUACCGCAGCUGGAGCUCGCGUUGAUGAACGUUCACGUCUCCUUUGGUGAGAAGGAGGACCGCCACGCCGAAAUCGUCGAGAUCAACCGACUGGCAGCGGAGCUGAGCGAGAACUUUGGCACAGAGAGGAAAGUGGUGGUGCUGGGCGACUUCAACUUGUCGCCGCAGGACGUGCUGGGUAGUCUGGGGUCGCACAAGAUGGCCCUGAUCCGCUCACCGCUGUCAACCACGGUCUUCGGAAAACUUUACGAUAAUAUUUGGCUCGAUCGUGCAGACUUCACCAGUAGCAGCAAUAACCCGGGCGAAGAACAAGAGCGCGACUACCUUGUGGAUAGCGGCGUCCUCCGCGUGGAUUGGCGAUACUACCCUCCUUCAAAGAGCAGUCGUCUUUCCGUGCAGAACCCGAUGGACGCGAUGCUUCCGCGACUGCAAACUUAUAUGUCUCGCGUUCAGUGCGGGUACGAGCUGUCGGAUCAUUGUCCCGUGUGGGUUGCGUUCGCAUCAACAAGGCGCAGCAAACAGGGACAAUGUCUAGAAGCCACUCAGUGA